UUGUAGUCCAAAACACAGACUACGCUGCUCUAAUUCCUUCAAGACCUUGAGCAACACAAGCAGCGCUGUGUGCACACAGAGAGGGAAGCAGAAGCGACUGGCUGCAGAGUUUCUUCCUCAGAGGCCUUCGUCAAUAAAUACACAACCCAGCGAUCUGCAGCUCGACACUUGUCUCCUCAGAAACACACAACGAGACGACACGUCUGAGCCUGGGGCAAGUUCACACCAGCGAGUGCAAACAAGAAAUGUGUGCAAGGAUCCGCAGGACAACAACAACAGCAGCAGCAGCAGACUGGUGACAACACAACCAACAUUUGUCAACACUACAGGCUUUUUCCACACAAACCAAGUGGGUUUCCCUGAAUGAGAGACUGGGUGUCUGAUAACCUGUGAGCCGCACACAUGGCCCACCGUGUGCACGACCACCAGAGCCGCCUGCCCGUGGCCCAGACCACGGUGCUGGCUCUGCCACCUUCCAGCCAGACGAAGGAGGCCUUCAGGCUCAUUUACUGUUCAUACAUGAAGGAUGGGCUGCUCAGUCUGUGGAGGGGAAACUCUGCCACCAUGGUUCGGGUCAUGCCCUACGCUGCCAUCCAGUUCUGCUCCCAUGAUCAGUACAAGAGACAACUGGGAAACUACUACGGCUACCAGGGAAAAGCUCUGCCUCCUUUCCCACGGUUCCUGGCGGGCUCUCUGGCCGGCACCACUGCUGCCAUGCUCACCUACCCUUUGGACAUGGUGCGAGCCAGGAUGGCCGUCACUGCCAGAGAAAUGUACUGCAACAUCAUGCACGUUUUUGUGCGCAUUUCCCAAGAGGAAGGUGUGAAGACCCUUUACAGAGGUUUCACCCCCACUAUUCUGGGUGUCAUCCCAUACGCAGGGAUCACAUUCUUUACAUAUGAGACACUCAAGAAGCUGCACACAGAAAAAACGAAGCGAUCCCAACCUUACCCUUAUGAGCGCUUGGCCUUUGGUGCCUGCGCAGGCCUGAUUGGACAGUCUGCCUCGUACCCUCUGGACGUGGUGCGUAGGCGCAUGCAGACAGCCGGCGUUACCGGCUCAUCCUACAGUACAAUUCUGGGGACCAUGCGUGCAAUCAUAACACAGGAGGGAGUUAUUCAUGGACUAUACAAAGGCCUAAGCAUGAACUGGCUUAAAGGGCCCAUUGCUGUGGGGAUCAGCUUCACCACAUUUGACAUCACACACAGCCUUCUGCUCAAAUUACAUCAGACGGGCUACUUCACCCACUGAAUUAGUUGGCAGUGACUGAGGGGAAGCAACAAGCACAGAUGAGACUGGCAUGACGGAGGUUGUCACAUGGCAAUAAGAAGUGUCUGCAGUCAGUGCAGGGCCGUCCUGCUGCACACUCCUGUCCGCUUCACACAGGAGGUUUGAGGAGUGUGGGUUUGAGAUCUAGUGCGCACAGAAACACGGCAUCUCAAGCUUUGAUAAACACACAUCAGCUGAGUGAGGGAGCGUCGUCAUAUAUUCAUUCACAUAAUCACAACUUUGUUUUAAAUUGUGGUACCAUGGAGGUUACUAAAGUGAUUACCAGUGGAUAACGACUGUUUAAGAUGGAUUAAUGAGGAGCACUGUUUGUGUUGCAAUAAUAAGUUACGCUUGCACUUUAUAAGACCCACAAUGUUCUUUCAACCUAAUCUAUCAACUGAGAGAAUGCUGUUUUUAAUCAGUUCUGUUGCUCUGAAAUGAUUAUUUUUAUCAUAUUGAAUUUUUUUUAUUUUGUUUUUUUUCUUCCAAUUUGUAUGAUAUGUGCCUGGUAUCAAAAGGGGGAUUAUACAAUGUUUUGUUGUUUUCAAAUUUUAUGAUUGUGCCUAUGUGGAUUUGAUUAAUGGAACAAAUGAUUGUAGGAGGGUGAUCAUGUCAGCAAGACUGCACAGUUUCACUGUCCAUCCAGCACUUGAUGUGGUAAAGUAUUAUAAAGUCUAUUCAAUGGAGAUUUAUCGAAUAUGAAAAGUAAAUCUAUAUAUCACAGAAAUCGAUUUAUAUAAAUAAUAUCAAGAUUUGCUUUUUGUGCUGUUCUUACACUAUUGUGCAUAGUCAUCAUUGCUUUAACUGGAUUGUUCUUAGGCACUAUUUACCUAAAGCAACUAAAUAUACCAAAGCACAUGACUCAGUCAUAAAUCUCAUGUUAUGUAAUGGUUAAUCAUACUAUCACUACUAAUGUACUCAAAGUAUUUCUACAGAUGCAAGUUUACAAUUGUCUCAAGCUUAAAUGACGUGCAAUAAAGUGUCCAUCCACAA